CCAGACCCCACCGUCUCUCUCCAUCCCUCCCUCUCUCUCUCCCUCUGGAAUCUUCCCGAGGGACCUCCGUUCGAUUGGCCGGAAAUCCGACUUCUCCGGGCAUCGCAUGCCGGCGGCCGGAAUUCCGUCGGCGAUCACGUUGUUUGGCGUCAGAAUGGCGUCUGAUUGGUGGGAAGAGGUGAAUAACUCCCAUAUCUGGCAAGACCGGAUCUUUCACGCCCUCGCUGGACUCUACGGAUUUGUAGCUGCUGUCGCUGUGAUUCAACUUGUUCGAAUAGAACUGAGAGUUCCUGAGUAUGGAUGGACUACGCAGAAAGUCUUCCACUUUUUGAACUUUGUGGUGAAUGCAGUUCGAUCCAUAAUCUUUGUGUUCCGUCGGAAUGUGCAACAGAUAAAACCAGAGAUUAUCCGACAUAUCUUGCUUGAUAUGCCCAGUCUUGCAUUUUUCACGACAUAUGUGCUCUUGGUCCUGUUUUGGGCAGAGAUAUAUUAUCAGGCACGUGCUGUAUCUACUGAUGGUCUUAGGCCAAGUUUCUACACAAUUAAUGCUGUGGUUUAUGCUGUUCAGAUUGCUUUGUGGUUAAUACUAUGGUGGAAGCCUAUCCAUCUUGUGCUCAUCCUAUCCAAGAUGUUCUUCGCCGGUGUCUCAUUGUUCGCUGCCUUUGGAUUUCUUCUCUAUGGAGGGAGGCUCUUCCUCAUGUUGCAACGCUUCCCAGUUGAAUCUAAAGGGCGGCGCAAAAAGUUACAGGAGGUUGGCUACGUAACCACCAUAUGUUUCUUUUGCUUCUUGGUGAGAUGUGUAAUGAUGUGUUUCAAUGCAUUCGACAAAACAGCAGACCUCGAUGUUUUGAACCAUCCUGUGCUCAACUUUUUGUAUUACCUGCUGGUGGAGAUUGUUCCCUCUGCUCUGGUCCUCUUCAUCCUUAGGAAGUUGCCCCCCAAACGUGGGAUCACGCAAUAUCACCCCAUCCAUUGAUAGGGUGCUUAGAGAUGGUAGAUGGUGGUUCAAUGGAAAAUCCAAAAAAAAAAAAAAAAAAACAAACACCAAGGGAUGGAAGCUUAGAUCUUGGACUGGAGAAACCCCCAACUCUCCAACCUAUAUGAUGGCAAGGAAAGCAAUAGGAGAAUACAGGAAAGAUGAUGGAUGCUGUGGGGGAGUGUUCGAUGCAUGGGUUUGUGUCUGGGUUCUGUUUGUUUGUAGUGGGCAUCUUUAGAACUCUAGAAAUGCUGGAUAUUUGUGUAUUCAUGGCCUUGUGUAAUUAUCACAGUGCUUCUGUUGGUUUAGUCUCUCGUACAUUAACAUAGAUACAUACAUAAACACAUACAAACGUACAUACAUGCUUGUGUAUGUAUAUUCUUCUUGUCA